AAUAAAGAAAAAUUUAGCUAAAUUUCUUUGUUUAUUAUCCUAAAACAACGUAUAAAGUUUAGCCUAUGUUUUAUUAUCUUUCGACUAUUAUCGAUAAAACGUGAGUUUUCUUUUAAUUCCUUGCGAAAAUACCCAUAGAAAUCGUAUCCGUUGCAUUCUGCCCAAUUUAUCCUCCUGAACCCCCAUUUGGUGGGAGAGAGAGAAGAGUGAGCGACUGGGAAACCCUAGCUAUGGAGAGAGACAAAUCGAGCAAACGCGACCGCAGGGAUCGAGACAGAGACUACGAUAAGCAUCGCAGCCGUGACGCCGAUGAAAAGCGAUCGUCAAAGGACUCCGAUUACCACCGCCACCACCACCGAUCGGACCGUGAUUCCAAGCGCGAGGCCCGCGACCACAAAUCUCGUCGGGAACGGUCACGCGAGCCGAGUGAAGACGGCAGGGAUGUCUCGCGCGACCAUCGCGAGCGGUCCUACGAGCCCAGGGCCGAGAGGGAAGGGAGCAGAGAAAGGUCCAGGCAUCGGGAAGCGAAACGCGAGAGGUCGGAGGAGCGAGAGGAAUCGAAGCGUAAGAGGAAAGAGAGGGAGAGGAGUGAGGGUAGAGAUGGCGAUGGUGAUGGUUUAGAAGAUAAGAAGAGGUCUAGGGUUUCGGAAGGGGAGAGGAGAGAGAGGAAGCGAUUCGAGGAAGAUGGGCAGGAAGUGAAUGGAGGUCAGAGAAAGAGUAGGAGGUUUGAUGACCGCAGAGUAAAGGCGGAAGAGGACGGAGAGAAUUGCGGAGCUAUUGAACGGAGAACUGAAUUGAAUGUGAAUGCGAGUGAGGUUAAUGUUAAGAAAGAAGAAGUUGGGGAUGAUCAGAUUGGCAAUUUCCAGAACGCCGCCCCCGCCCCAAAUGGGAGUGGUUGGGUGGGUAAUGGUGCUGCUCUGGAACCUACUACGACAUCAAGGACUAUGCCUGAGACCUCUUUUGCUCCCAAUCAACCCCUUCCUACCAAGGUAUCUUCAAUUCCUACCACAAAUGAAAAUAAGGGAGUUAGUAUUACCAGAUCUCAUGAGGUUCAUGGAAACUCUAGUACAGAUGGAACAUCUUCAACUGCUGGGAAAAGUGCGAAUCUGUCUCUUGGUGAUGUAGAAAAAAUUAAGAGAACUUUACAAAAGCAGAAGGAAUUGACUGAGAAGCUGAAGAAGCUUAACCAGUUGAAGAAGGGUGGCAAUGCAAGCAAAGACGCUAGCCAUAACUUGGAAACGAAGGAGGCACUUAAACCACCAUCUACCACUGCUGGGAUACUACGUGCACCGGCCCCAUCAACAGCUGGUGGUACAGCUGCUUCUGUGGCAACAUUUGAUUCAUCUGCACUACCCAUUUCUGCAGCAGGCAUUCCCAAUUUUGAAGCUGUAAAACGUGCACAAGAGCUUGCUGCUCAGAUGGGGUUCCAUCAAGACCCCGAGUUUUCUCCUCUUAUAAAUGUGUUUCCCGGACAGGUGGCAACUGAUGUUGCUGCCCCUCAGAAGCCUACUAAGGCCCCUGUUCUUCGUCUUGAUGCCCUUGGAAGGGAAAUAGAUGAGCACGGAAACUUAGUGAAUGUGACCAAACCAAACAACCUCAGCACUCUAAAGGUCAACAUUAACAAACAGAAGAAAGAAGCAUUCCAGAUUCUAAAACCUGAAUUGGAUGUGGAUCCUGAAAAGAAUCCUCAUUUUGAUCCGGAUGUGGGCAUCAGUAAAAAAUUUUUGAGGCCAAAGAGGAUGGGUUUUGCGUUUGUAGAGGAAGGAAAAUGGACAAAAGAUGCUGAGCUUAUAAAAUUAAAGAGUAAAUUUGGAGAAGCACAAGCCAAAGAGCAAAGAGCAAAGCAGCAACAGUUUGCAAAGGCAAAGGCAGCGCCAGAUAUUAAUCCAAAUUUGAUAGAGGUAGGAGAGAGAGUUAUCACCAAAGAAAAGCCAAAGGAUCCAAUUCCUGAAAUCGAGUGGUGGGAUGUGCCCCUCUUGCACUCUGGUACUUAUAAUGAAGUCAUCGAUGGUACAGUAGCUGAGGAAAAAUUGAAGAUGGAAAAAGUCACAAUCUAUAUUGAGCAUCCUCAACCUAUUGAGCCCCCUACUGAGCCAGCUCCUCCACCACCUCAACCUCUGAAGCUGACCAAGAAGGAACAGAAAAAACUACGUACACAGAAACGUCUGGCCAGAGAGAAAGAUAGGCAGGAGAUGAUUAGACAAGGCCUACUUGAGCCUCCAAAGCCAAAAGUUAAAAUGAGUAAUUUGAUGAAAGUUCUUGGCUCUGAAGCAACCCAAGAUCCAACCAGGCUUGAAAAGGAGAUCCGGAGUGCAGCUGCUGAACGUGAACAGGCUCAUGCAGACAGGAAUAUAGCACGCAAGCUCACUCCUGCUGAACGACGCGAGAAGAAAGAAAGGAAGCUUUUUGAUGACCCAAAUAACGUGGAGACCAUAGUCUCAGUUUACAGGAUCAAUGAGCUGUCGCAUCCAAAGGCCCGCUUCAAGAUAGAUGUUAAUGCGCGAGAGAACCGGCUGACUGGAUCUUGUGUGAUAUCAGAUGGUAUUAAUGUUGUGGUUGUUGAAGGUGGAAGCAAGUCUAUUAAGAGGUAUGCUAAGGUUAUGCUUAGGCGCAUAAACUGGGCUGAAGCAGUAAAAGAAGAGGAAGAAGAUGAUGAUGUUGAGGAUGACAAGCCUCCUAAUAAGUGCGUGUUAGUAUGGCAAGGAAGUGUUGCCAGACCGAGCUUCAAUAGAUUUUAUGUUCAUGAAUGCAUGACCGAAGCUGCUGCCCGGAAGAUUUUUGCUGAUGCUGGCGUUGCUCAUUACUGGGAUCUUGCGGUCAACUUCCAGGAUGAUAAUUAGUAAGGUAAAAUGAACUAGUACAGGUACUCGGCGGAUAAGAGCAGGUUCCGGAGAAACCAAGUAGAUAGCCAACAAACAUUGUGCCAAGUUAAUACCGCACUUCUGCUUGUACAAAUGUAUAGUAUUUCCGGGGAGUUGGUUAUCUGUAGAUGUUUUCGGAGGCGAAAACAUGAUGCUUGGACCCAUUUCGUUAAAGCUAAGCUAAGCAUGAAUGGUCGACCACCAAAACCAAACAGAAUUUGGAGUCCUGGUCGACCACCAAAACCAAACAGAAUUUGGAGUCCUCGCUUUACAUAUGUAUAUAUGUGGGGGCAACUUCUGUUUCAUUAUUUUGUGCUCGCUCGAAUGUGGGGUUGUGGACCAGCAUGCCUUGUAUUACUUAGGGUUCUGUAAAAUGUCAUACUUCCUGCAGAAUUUAGAUUGAUGUUGAUGCAUAGCACUCGUUUGCUGCAUCGGCCUACACAUAUUGGACAUGGCUCCCGGGGGCCGAGUAGGCCGGCUUCGGAUUACUCAAGUAUCGGACAUGGCUUUCAGGGGCGGAGUAGGCUUUGAGCACUGGAAAUUUGAUGCAAAGUCUCGGUCCGAAAUGCAUCUAGGUUUGCUAAAACAUGUGUGAGACUCUUAUACGACUGUUAUCCAGUUUAAUCGGAGUUGUCCUGUUGUCCGGACAGUGUCAGGACCCUGCAAUGAUUUAACUCAUGCCUUGGUUAAUUUACCUGCCUCGUAGUGGAAUAUAGGAAUGUGGUGACUCAGCACUUUGGUUACCUAAGUCUUUUUACUGUAGUGGAUGAUGUGAUCACGGUUAAGCCUUUCUGUGCUUUCGUGUUUGUGUGAUCACGGUUAAAUCACGUCAAUAUUUUAUAUUACUUUUUAUUUUUGUCUUAUUAUCUUUAUAAAAAAUAAUAUAAAAUAUUGACGUAGCUUAACCGUAAUCACACAAAACAAGAGAGCACGAGAAAGCGCCGAAAGUGAGAGAACAGACAAUCUUUGUCCAUAUACUAUUCCGUUGUAACCUCAUUGGAGGCAUGAAAUAUGACUUAUCCUUCUCUGCA